CAACAACUCUAGUUGGUGUUUGUGUUUUACGAAACUUGGUUAAUGGCGUUGUAAUUGGUAAUUGCUAUUGCUAAAAACUUUUCGUUCAAUCAAGUCGUCGAUGGAUUUACGGUAUCAAUAAUUUAAAGAAAUCCUCCAUCAACUUGAGAAUUACCGAAAUUCAAAUUUUAUUCAACAUCUCCGCGACAUGCCCAGCAGGUUGAUCAAACUCAAUCGUGACUUGGUGGCGAUUGAUUUUUAACGGUUGAUUUAUCACUUGUUCUUGUAUUGAAUCGUUGAAUUUGAUUUUGUCGAAAAGCUAUUCAUCGUUUGAGUAUGAGCGUAUUUCUGAAGAAUGAAUUUGCUGCUAAAAGCUCCGGCGAAGGAGGCCGUGAAAGUCGAGAAAGAGACCGAAACCGGCGUACCGAACGAUCGACGCAGAAAGCAUCAGCGAAUCAGAGAGAACGAAGCCCUUUGGGUAGUCGAAACCGAAAAAAUGCGUUGGAAAGAAGAGUAUACGUGUCUAAUAUACCUUACGAAUAUCGCUGGCAAGACUUGAAAGAUCUGUUUCGAAAAGAAGUCGGCGAGGUCUCAUAUGUUGAACUGUUUGUCGACGAAAACGAUAAACCGAGAGGUUGCGGUAUUGUGGAGUUUGAGAACAUCGACUCGGCUCAAAUAGCUGUCGAAAAAAUGCACCGGUAUGAUUUGAAAGGGCGAAAGUUGGUCGUUAAAGAGGAUACCAAUGUUGAACGUGACAAACAAGGUCGUCCUCUAGGAUUCGGAGGUCGUUCUGUCAAUAGUGGCGGUGGUGCCAGUCGUAACCAAUGGACCGAUGUAGGCAAUUCGUCUAAUGCGAACAAAUGGGGAAAUACCUACGGCUUGUCUCCUCAGUUCUUAGAAUCCUUGAAUAUUAACGGACCACUGAUUAAUAAAGUAUUUGUUGCCAAUCUCGACUACGUAGUAAACGAAAAGAAAUUACGCGACGUAUUCAAAUUGGCUGGUCGAGUGGUUGGAGUGGAUUUACUCACCGACAAAGAUGGUAAAAGUCGCGGAUUCGGUACUGUUGAAUUCGAGCACCCAGUCGAAGCUGUCCAAGCGAUUUCUAUGUUACACAACCAAGUCUUAUACGAUAGACGAAUCAACGUCAGGAUGGAUAAAUCAAACGAACGCGAUGGCCCGUUAAAAUUACCCGAAGGUUUGAAAGCCGUUGGAAUGGGUUUGGGAGCGAAUGGAGCUCCGUUAACUGAUGUCGCCAGAAAUUUACCAACAUUGAAUCUAUCCACCGUACGCCCAUCUAGUGGCAUAUCUUCGCCAUCGAACGCUUUAGCAGCCUUAGCUGGAAGUUUGAGUCAGCAACUAGAUAACCGUUUGUUGGAUAACUCGCUGACACGACGACAAUUGGAAAUGGUUGGCUCGAGUUUGAUUAAUAAUGCUACAGCAGCGGAUCUAGCCGGACUUGCGGCCGCGUCCACUCCAUUUGGUUCCGGGUUGAAUUUGAACAGUUCUACAAAUGGCACGAGAGGUUUCGUCUCAGGGUCGCACGAUUUCGAUGCAUUAUCCGCUGUUCUACAUAGUUCUGUCAAUAAAUACGAUUUCGACUAUCACAAUACAGGUAGCGGCGUUGGUUCUUUGAGACAUUCUGAUACGGUCAUGAUCAGUAACUUACCACCGAAUACAACGUGGAAGAUGUUACGCGAUAAGUUUAGCGACGUUGGUGACAUUAAAUACGCCGAAAUGAAGGGCAAAGACGUAGGAAUCAUUCGGUACGGUUCCGAACGUGAUGCUGAGCGUGCGGUGUCUUUGCUGGACAGAUCAAGAGUGGAUGGUCGAAUAAUCGAUGUUCGCUUGUAUUAAGAAGGUUGCUCCAACUACUAUUUAACUGAAGAUCGAUCAUAUUUUUCAUCGUAUUAAUUCCAUCGAUACGAAACAGUGCAUGUAAAUUUUUUUAUUCGUAAAUCUGGACUAUCCAUCAGUGUUGUUAUUUUUUUGCUCGCCAAUUGCGAAAUUUGAUUCUUGUCUGUCUCAUUUUUCUCGGACAUAUCAGUUGCGCUUAUUUUGGAAUUCUUGAUUGGCGAAGAGUUGUUUUUUUUCCCCCUUAAUUUUUAAGAGUAUUCUUAAUUUUAGGUUUUAUCGUACCUACGUAUAAUGCUUUUUUUUUUUUUUUGGUCGUAAUUUGUGUCUGUGACAUAAAAACGGUAUCGUUUUUUUCUCUCAUCUAUGAUCACGCUCAUUAUUUUCUGAAUUGGUACAUACGUAUGCGAUUAAUUUGAUUUUUAAACUACAAAAACCCGAUUAUUUCAUUGCCUUGUGUUUUGGUCAGGAUUUGAUUUUUUUUUUGUUCAACAAAUACAUGCAUUUUUGUAUUGAUAACAUUCAUGUUUAUUUUACGUUUUUUACCUUAGUCGAAUGGAAUUUAUCGAGUAGUUUUGAUGAAAUAGAAACGUGGUACUUACUGGUAAUUUAGGUGUGUAGAUAUUAAUUACGGUUCUUAAAAGUCGAAUAUUAAAAUUACGCUCGAAGUAA